AUCCGCCUAACAGGGGGGCGAACGCGCUAUGAGGGGCGGGUGGAGGUGCUGAGCACGGAGGCUAACGGGACCAGGAGCUGGGGGCUGAUCUGUGGAGGGGCCUGGGGCACCAAGGAGGCCAUGGUGGUCUGCAGACAGCUGGGGCUAGGCUACGCUAACCACGGCCUGCAAGUAGGUCUAUUAGCCAAGCUAACGGCUUUUACAGUGCUAAUAGAACAUGCUUAAACCAGGUUAUAACCAUGGACUGCAAUUAACAUGAAUCUCCAACCUCGGAUUUGUUCCGCAGACCUCUGGCUAGGGACCUCUGGCUAGGGACCUCUGGCUAGGGACCUCUGGCUAGGGACCUCUGGCUAGGGACCUCUAGCUAGGGACCUCUGGCUAGGGACCUCUGGCUAGGGACCUCUAGCUAGGGACCUCUGGCUAGGGACCUCUGGCUAGGGACCUCUGGCUAGGGACCUCUAGGGACCUCUGGCUAGGGACCUCUGGCUAGGGAACCCACCAUCUCAAACAGUGGUAUUCAAAGUCGGGGUCGACUGAGUUUUUCCCCACAAAAUGGCUUUAAUACAGACAGAAAGACUUUUCAUCAGCUGUCCGUGUGGCUGGUCUGAGAAGCUGUGGAGGUCCUGGGUGGUUACUGAUGGUCUGCGGUUGUGAGGCCGGUUGGACGCACUGCCAAAUUCUCUAAAACGGCGUUGAAGGCGGCUUAUGGUAGACAAAUGAGCAUUCAAUUAUCUGGCAACAGCUCUGGUGGACAUGCCUGCAGUCAGCAUGCCAAUUGCACACUCCCUCAAAACUUGACAUCUGUGGCAUUGUGUUGUGUGACAAAACUGCACAUUUUAGAGAGGCCUUUUAUUGUCCCCAGCACAAGAUGCACCUGUGUAAUGAUCAUGCUGUUUAAUCAGCUUCUUGAUAUGCCACACCUGUCAGGUGGAUGGAUUAUCUUGGCAAAGGUGAAAUGCUCACUAACAGGGAUGUAAACAAAUUUGUGCACAGAAUUUGAGAGAAAUUAGCUUUUUGUGCGUAUGGAAAAUUUCCGGGAUCUUUUAUUUCAGCUCAUGAAACAUGGGAUCAACACUUUACAUGUUGCGUUUAUAUUUUUGUUCAGUAUGUAUAAUAAUUUUUAGGGGAACAAAACAUUAAGAGUACAUAUUAUUGUAUGGGAUAAUAUACAAAUGUUUUUAAGAAAUAUAUUUUGAAAAAUACAACUUUAUUGAGUAAAUGUAUUUAUUGGUUUAUUUUCCUUUUGGUAAGAGAUGAAAAUGCAAUGAAUUUAAGGUUAUUUGUUGAUGUAAAAAUCCAAAUGUACCGAUUUUUAAAGUUGUUUCAUUAGAUUUGGGGUGGGGUCGUGAAAAAAUAAUUGGGGAAAUAAUGGGGUCCCCAGAAAUUCUGGCAGAAAAAAAUGGAGUCCCCGCUGAAAACGUUAGAAUACCACUAGUCUUAAACAUUGGACCAAGAGGAAAUCCUCAUGGCUAGAGAACCGUCUUAAACAUGGCCCUAGGGUGACAUUUGGACUUACAACCUCUCUCAGGCUACCUCAUCACGAGAGUGUUAUUCCAAAUACAUUAACCUCCUCAACCAAUCCCCUUGCUGGGGCUGGGGGGGGAUGAGCCCAACAGCCAACCAUAACAUGCCAGGUAGCGACAUCUCAUUGGUUCUCCCAACCCACCAGGAAGGAACCAAUGUGGCUCCCCGCUCCAUGACUCACCCUGACAUGUUGUUCUAUGAGUCUAUGGACUAACCCCACAGAUGCUGCUGCAUCAGCAAUCCACUGGCCCUCAGGACUGAGCACAGACUAGACUUUGGAGGGAACACAGCCAGGCUACAGCAGUGUUUCUCAACUCCAGUCCUCGAACCAGCCCGAAAGAGUACACACUUUGGUUGUAGCCCCGAACAAACUCACCUGAUUCAACUAGUCAAGGGCUGGCUUGAUGAUUCACUUACUAGUUGAAUAAGGUGGUCUGAGGCUACAUCAACAACCAGUACUGUUGGGGGUAUUCUCGGACUGGAGUUGAGAAAUGCUGGGCUACACACAGGACAGGAAGUGCCCUCUCACUGACAUCCCCUAGGGCCCCCUUCUGCAGGUGCGUAUCGUGGGAGGCAGGACGUACUAUGAGGGCCGUGUGGAGGUUCAGGUGGGGGCGCGGUGGGGCACGGUGUGCUCUGCAGGCAGUCUGCAGACAGCUAGGCCUGGGGUACUCCAUGCAUGCCAUCACUGUGAGUAAGACUGGGAGAAGAAGAAAGCUUCAGUCUGAUGUAUGUUGGAAGUAUGAUACUGUGCUAUAGAGCUGGGGCAGACUUCCUCUUACCGAAGCAUUUUGCUUACGUCUGUCAUUUUUCUGUGAUUUCUUCUAUAAAAUGUUCCUGUAGAUUGUUCUAGAACCAUUAUUUGGUCAAUAGUAAUAGCCCAUAAUGCAUUACGUCGAUUCCUGCAAUGAAAGUAUCAGCCUGUCCCAUGUUCUGCUAUUGGCUGCUGUGUGAGCGAGCUGGAGCCACACUCACUGUGACGCGGAGGACGGAGAGAAAUGCGUUCUGAGGGGCACAAGCACAUGACCGUUGAGCAAAGUGCAAUUGAGGACAAAAUACAGUUUUCAAAGCAACUACUGUUGUUCUAGUUACAGAGAGGAGAGUCACAGCUUUCUGCGAGUACAUCAUUUAUUUCUCACCUCCCCAUUAUUUAGUUAAUGGCACCACUUUACAACCGGAGUAGGAUAUGUAGUAUGGUUUUGAUGCAGUGAAUAGGCCUACAUCAACUAGCCUAGCGCUGGAACAUUUUUGUAGGACAUUACAUUUACUGAUAGAUUAAUCAAUUAGCCUACAGUGCUUCAGAAAGUAUUCACACCCCUUUACUUUUUCCAAAUGUUGUUGUGUUACAAAGUGGGAUUAAAAUGGAUUUAAUUGUAAUUUUUUGUCAACGAUCUAUACAAAAUAAUCUUUCAAAGUGGAAGAAAAAUUUGAACAUUUGUAAAAAAAAAUAAAAAAAAAUAUUAUUAUUAAUUAGAUAAUAAUUAAUCCUCUGGAUUAAUACGUUAGAAUCAACUUUGGCAGCGUUUAUUUUUUUUGCUUUUUUAAAAAUAAUAAUUAUUUUUUAACCUUUAUUUAACUAGGUAAGUCAGUUAAGAACAAAUUCUUAUUUACAAUGACGGCCUACACCGGCCAAACCCGGACAACGCUGGGCCAAUUGUGCGCCGCCCUAUGGGACUCCCAAUCACGGCCGGUUGUGAUAAAGCCUGGAAUCGAACCAGGGGGUCUGUAGUGACGCCUCAAGCACUGAGAUGCAGUGCCUUAGACCGCUGCGCCACUCGGUCUGUAGUGACGCUUCGAGCACUGAGAUGCAGUGCCUUAGACCGCUGAGAUGCAGUGCCUUAGACCACUGAGCCACUCGGUUACAGCUGUGAGUCUUUUGGGGUUAGUCUCUAAGAGCUUUCCACACCUGGAUUGUACAAUAUUUGUACAUUAUUCUUUUUAAAAUUCUUCAAGCUCUGUCAAGUUGGUUGUUGAUCAUUGCUAGACAGACAUUUUCAAGUCUUGCCAUAGAUUUUCAAACCGAUUUGAGUCAAAACUGUAACUAGGCCACUCAGGAACAUUCAAUGUAAUCUUGGUAAGCAACUCCAGUGUAUAUUUGGCCUUGUGUUUUAGGUUAUUGUCCUACUGAAAGGUGAAUUCAUCUCCCAGUGUCUGGUGGAAAACAGAAUGAACCAGGUUUUAAUCCCUCUAGGAUUGAGCCUUUUUUUUGUUUUCUUUGCUUAGCUCCAUUCCGUUUCUUUUUAUCCUAAAAAACUCCCUAGUCCUUGCCGAUGACAAGCAUACCCAUAACAUGAUGCAGCCACCACCGUGCUUGUAAAAAGGUUCACCUUCCAACAGGACAACGACCCUAAGCACACAGCCAAAACAACGCAGGAGUGACUUUGGGACAAUUCUCUGAAUGUCCUUGAGUGGCUCAGCCAGAGCCCAGACUUGAACCCAUUCGAACAUCUCUGGAGAGACCUGAAAAUAGCUGUGCAGUGACGCUCCCCAUCCAACCUGACAGAGGUUGAGAGGAUCUGCAGAGAAGAAUGGGAGAAACUCCACAAAUACAGGUGUGCCAAGCUUGUAGCGUCAUACUCAAGAAGACUCGAGGCUGUAAUCGCUGCCAAAGGUGCUUCAACAGAGUACUGAGUAAAGGGCCUGAAUACUUUCCGAAUGCACUGUAUACAUCACAUGUGACUCGUAAUAAGUCUAAGUAAUUAGCCAAUUAAAAUGUUUAUCUGACUCCAUGAAGAUCAUUAAAAUAUACAAGCAAGCAUUAGACAAUGAGUUGACGUUAACUAGCAAGAAUGGGUCUGAGAAUUGGAACUUCUGAUUGUAAUGUUUACUGUUAAUUUUUAUUGUUUAUUUAUGAGAGAGAGAGAGAGAGAUAGAAAAUCUGAAUUGUUUGGAUUCAAAACCUGAGUUGUUGACCAAUAGUAUUACUGUAAAGUUAACCUCCAAUCAGAUAUCAGACCUACAGGAUGUAACCUUUGCUUCUCAAUGGGGGUUGGAGAGACCAACACAGAGAGCGCUGAAUUCCUAAGACAACACAGAGAAUGCUGAAUUCCUAAGACAACACAGAGGACAUUCUUGCAUACAGUAGAUAAGGAGAGUUACUUCGGGGGCUGCCCUACAAUGUCGGCAAAUUAAUCUCUGAAUUGCCCAAAGUAAAUCUGAUAGGUUAAUUCUGGAUCCUAUUUUGGCAGGUUGCACAUCAAAAUAUCAAUCAUGGAUGUGUUAUAUGAAAUAGCUUACUUUUUGAAUGCUAGGCUAACAUCUCAGUUGUCUUACUUGGCACUGGAAUAAAAAUGGUCCUGAGCCCUGCCGCUAAUGGAAAGUAACUGUCCAUAAAAAUACAAAAAAAAAAAAAAAAUAUUUUAAUCACAAUAUGACUUUUAUCGCCCAGCUGUACUGUCUUACCAUUCUCUCAUAGAUGUCAGGUGGCUGACUGACAGAUACAUUAUUAAAAGCACAUCUGAGUUAUCUUGCUCUCUGCUUAUAUCAAUAUUUUUAUUCAAGCGAAGUUAGGAGCAGUUUGAAGAACAGUUUCUCUUUUCUUUGAAUACUGAGAGACAAGAAAGUAAAUACCACGGCUAAUUCAUAUUAGUCAAAGUAGUCUACUCCCUUGUCACCUGAAAGUGAUACAUGGUUGUCUUACCUACCUUAGUUGAAUGCACUGACUGCAAGUUGGUUUUGGAUUAAGAGCAUUUGCUAAAUAACCUUAAUGUAAUGUAAUGUAAUGUAAUGUAAUGUACUGUAAUGUAAUGUAAUCAGAUGUGUUUUAGCAGUAACAUGAUGCUUCUCAGAGAUAAUGUGAUGGGCCAAAUGGCGGUGGAAAUGCCUUUAUGCGCAAAUAUCAAUACAAUAACCAUCAUAUCGAAGUAAACUUGGAGUCACGCAAUGAUAUGGUGUGAGGUCCUCCCACUACGGCUCAUUGGAAACCAUGCAGUUUAUUAGACUAACUAAAUAAAUUAUGAUAAACUUCACAGGGUGGUGAAAGUGCACGGUGAUGAGCUUGAUGCUCCUUUCCAAUAAAUAUCGAAGGUCUUAUUCUGGUGACAUGAUGAUCGAUGCUUGGCUGCAGUUUGACAAAUAUAAAUAAUCUCCCUCCUUUGUCCAUAAUGAUCUCAUCAUGCAGGUAGCCUACCCCCACUGUUUCUGGAUAGGGCGCCGGCGCCAAGACCAGACAAGGCUCAUUCACUACAGAACAUAUUUAUUCGGACUAAACCAUCAGUAGAGUUGAAACCUAUUUAACUUGUAUUAUUUAUUCAGUACAGGGGAAUUUAACAACAGAAGGUAUUUUUAUGAGCACUACGUCCUCACACAGCCUUUUAUCCACAACAAGUCAAUUUGAUGGAAACAUCUCUGUGGGAAAAUGGGCAGAUUGUUUUUAUGCAGAUUUUAGAUUAUUCAUGUGAAAAUCUGUUGCGAAUUGGAUGGAAACCUAGCUAUUGCUAACCUAAUUGACAUAUAUCACUCCUCACCUCUCCACCAUGCAAGCUGAUGUGUGGUGAGCUUUCUGGCACAAACGAGUUGCAUCAUUCAGAUGGGUGCUACACAUUGGUGGUGGAUGAGGAAGAGUUGCGUUUUCACCAUUAGUAUGUAAAGCGCUUUGAGCUACAGGAAAAGCACUCCAAUCAAUUAUUAUUAUCAUUAUUAUUAUUAUCAUAACCUAUUAGCGUAAAUAUAGGUCUCCUGACUUAAUAAAGGUUCAAUAAUAUCCUCCUGCUGUUUGUUUCCGUGUUUGUUUGUGUUUUCCCUGUCGCUAAGGAAACGUGGUACUGGGACAGUAGUAACGUAACCGAGAUGGUGAUGAGUGGUGUGAAGUGUACAGGUAGGGUCGCAAAACUCCCGUUAAUUUACCAAAGUUACCAGAAUUUAUAUUAAAAACAUAUUUAUUUAUUUAUUUAUAUAGAGUUACAUUUUAUGAAAAUUCCUUAAAAUCCUUUGAAAUUUCAAAAAUUCUGAUUAGUUUACUGGUACAUUUAUAAAAGUGGGUGAUAACGUUCCCUCCCUUUUGUUUAGGAAACGAGAUGUCUCUGAGCCACUGCCAGCACCACAGAACCGUCAGCUGUCAGAAGACUGCUGCCAAGUUCUCUGCUGGGGUCAUCUGCUCAGAGAGUGAGUUCCCGAAGCACCUGUUGGGCUGGAUAUUCACUUUUCAUAGCACUUAAUGUGUUCUCUCCCGGGUGCUUGUAAAGGGACAGAUGACAGACAGGUAGGAUUCCAGCACAGUGUAUGGACUAAGACACUUUAAGGUAUGGCUCGACAACUGUUUUAACCAAGAGUGGUUCUGAAAAAGGGGGAAAUGAAAUACAUAAUGGACUGCAGCCACAUGCAGCGGUGCCUAAGAAAUAUAUAUGAUUCUACUUCAUUACUAUAUUGUCCUUUUGCUCGUUUGAUGACUCUGCGGAGGUCGUAGCGGGACUUCCUGUCCUUGUUCCUGUCCUCAGCCGUAACCUCAGGGUGGUCUGCGAUGGCCAUGUGUGCGGUAGCUCUGUUUAGCGCCAACCUUGGUGUUAAUCCAGCUUUUGAUUCGGGAAGCAGCGAACUUUCACUGUGGGGACAACGUCGCCGAUGCAUUUCCUUAUGAAGCCGGUGACCGGAGGUUGUUAGCACGUCGAUGUUAUCGGCGGAGUCUCGGAAACAUAUUCCAGUCAGCGCUACAAACAGUAGGCCUACUGGUGAUCAGAAUGACAGUGUGAGUUACAGACUACGCAAGGUUUUCACUUAUAGAUGAAGUAUUGAUUCGUUAUUACACUUUAACUCAUCUGUAACGACAGACUGUAGCUGGCCAGCACAUGCAAGAUUUGGUUCUGGGUUCUGUUAGAAAUUGCGUAAUUCAAAUCUGGUAUUGGAAUAAGAGAAAACAUAAUCAAGAGAUAUUCAAUCCAAGCUAAAUGUAUUAAAUGCUAAAUGUAUGUAUGAUAAGUAUGAAGGUUCGUAUAUAAGGGUCCACUGAAAUACCACGCAGGGCACUCAGAGAACUAAUCCAUUGUUCUGAGUUCUUCUUCAAAUACUCUGACAGAGAUAGUUCCCGCUCUCUGCUGGGCCUAUCAGGGUAGAGGUUGGGCGUGGUUUAGACUUGCCCAACCUAUCCGUUGGCGCACCGGCUGGUCCCAGGCCCUUGGCGCUCCCUUGGCGCUCCCUUGGCGCUCCCUUGUUGCACACUGUUGCCAGGCAUACGUUUUUAUCAUAACAACCUGUGGAGUUAGCACCCAAAAGACACCAUUCCACUGUACUGUGAGUACCUAGUUCAAGGACGGUUCACAGACAACGGUUCACAGACAACAAAGAGGCAGUGUUCGUAUCUGUAAGAAAUACAAGUCUUAUCUGUCCUUCCCCCUAACGUUCCUUACAUGAAUCACAGCCUGUUAUGUGAAACAAUUUAUAUCAGUACAGUACAAACCUUCUAUGCUUAUCAUUAAUGCAUUCCUUCUAAGCUAUUCAUCACAUACAGAUCCAAUUAUGAGAAAAUAGAUCCCCACAGUUCCAAGAUGAUAUUGUAAAGCAGGGGCGUCAGUUGGGUAUGGUAGGGCCUAGCUCAAGACCAACAGCAGGGGCGUCAGUUGGGUAUGGUAGGGCCUAGCUCAAGACCAACAGCAGGGGCGUCAGUUGGGUAUGGUAGGGCCUAGCUCAAGACCAACAAAGCUACUAAAAAGGUACACAAAAAUCAUUCCAAUCCUGAUUCCAAUGCGACGGCUGUUUAGCGUAUUGGUGGAUGGCUUUAGGACCAUGCGGAGCGUCGCUCGGAGAGAAGACCUUUGUCUCGGAUCAGACAGUGCCAGACAAGCCGUUUAGGCAGCGCGCCGAUUGCUUUGAAUUUGAUGUGUCAUUUGAACCCGGCUUGUAAGCCUCGCGGUCAGCUGUUUUAUGCACCAGUUACUUUCACAUUGAUGUGGGCAUAGGUGGCACGUCCUAUAGGCUAGGGGGAGAUAAGCUUCCCCUAAAGUCAAUUGACUUCAAUUAGCCAAAAUUAGCUAUAUAAUUACUUGUGCCUAUACAUAAAUACAUAAAAUAAUUCAAAAUACUACACCAGAGAGCAUGAUUUGGCCACAGAGGAUCAUUAGCUUCUUUAAAGAAUUUGCUGUGAAUUGUUUUAAGCGAGCAAUGUGGGCAAUGCGCACGGCAAAUAACAAUCCGCUAUCUGGUAGGCUGAGUUGCAGCUGUCUUUGAAAAGCAGUUAAAUAAGCAUAGGCCUAUUGCAAUAUUUCUAAAUACAAUCAUAGGAAAAGCAUAGUUUAAAAAGCAACUGGUUAUUGCUGAAAAGAGAAGACAAAGAAAAUACUAAUCUACUGAUCGAGAUUCUCAACUCCCAAUUGAGUGAACAGUAGCCUCUUCCUGACAUACACCCGCUGAGUGCUUGCAUAUUCACUGUCUUUAUUGUUUUGUGGUCCUCUGUAGCUCAGCUGGUAGAGCACGGCGCUUGUAACGCCAAGGUAGUGGGUUCGAUCCCCGGGACCACCCAUAUACAAAAAUGUAUGCACGCAUGACUGUAAGUCGCUUUGGAUAAAAGCGUCUGCCUAAAUGGCAUAUUAUUUAUCAUUGGAUCAGUUCCACUGGUCACUGGAACGUUUUUUUUUUUUGGGGGGGGGGGGGGGAUGAUUCCCCUCCUCCAGGGUAGACGGACGUCAUAUUGUCCAAUUUGCGUCUCCCCUUUUCGUAGGGCUAGAUUAGAUGGUUAGGUUCCAGACGGAUCUGUUCGUUAGUGUCAGUAGAGUAAGCUACUCCUAUUAUAUAGUGUAGUUACAAUUCCAUGAAAUGUGUUUAUAAAAGGCCAAAUUUUCCCAUGCUAAGAAAGGACAAGAACCGUGUCUGAUUAGGCCUACUCUGUCACUAUGUGCUCAGCCAGUUUUACAGGAUGUAGUUAUAUUAUUAGCCUGAAUGAUGAGGAUCCAAUCAUCCCAUUAGGAAUACUAGCCUAUCUAACAUUAGUCUGAAUGAUGACGAUCCAAUCAUCCCAUUAGGAAUACUAGCCUAUCUAACAUUAGCCUGAAUGAUGACGAUCCAAUCAUCCCAUUAGGAAUACUAGCCUAUCUAACAUUAGCCUGAAUGAUGACGAUCCAAUCAUCCCAUUAGGAAUACUAGCCUAUCUAACAUUAGUCUGAAUGAUGACGAUCCAAUCAUCCCAUUAGGAAUACUAGCCUAUCUAACAUUAGUCUGAAUGAUGACGAUCCAUCAUCCCAUUAGAAUACUAGCCUCUAACAUUAGUCGAAGAUGACAUCGACAUCCCUUAGAAUACAGCUAUCAAAUAGUCUGAAUGAUGACGAUCCAAUCAUCCAUAGAAUACUCUAUCCAUUGUCUAUGAUGAGACCAUCAUCCCAUUAGGAAUCUAGCCUAUUAACAUUAUUCUGAUGAUGACUUCCAUCAUCCAUUAGAAUAUGCCUAUCUAACAUUAUCUGAAUGAUGACGAUCCUCAUCCAUUGGAAUACUACCUAACAUUAGUCUGAAUGAUGACGAUCCAAUCAUCCCAUUAGGAAUACUAGCCUAUCUAACAUUAGCCUGCAAAUGCGACGAUGGAUGCAUUCAAUCCUUUAUUAUAAAGGUGCAAUUUUAUGGUGAAAAAAGAGCUUCCACAAACAUGAAGCUCACGUGCCUCCUAUGGAUGUCGGUAUUUUAAGGUGGCCUUGUUGUGACCUGAUAGCCUGUAUUAUGCAUCUAUUUCACGUUGCACUGUACGCACCAUUCCACAAGUAAAUGAGUCAAUUUAUGAUGAGGUUGAGUAGCGGCUGACAUUGUAUAUGCCGUUCCACUGACCUUUAAACCUGAUAGUGAUGAUUAAUGGCCGUUCCACUGACCUUUAAACCUGAUAGUGAUGAUUAAUGGCCGUUCCACUGACCUUUAAACCUGAUAGUGAUGAUUAAUGGCCGUUCCACUGACCUUUAAACCUGAUAGUGAUGAUUAAUGGCCGUUCCACUGACCUUUAAACCUGAUAGUGAUGAUUAAUGGCCGUUCCACUGACCUUUAAACCUGAUAGUGAUCAUUAAUGGCCGUUCCACUGACCUUUAAACCUGAUAGUGAUCAUUAAUGGCCGUUCCACUGACCUUUAACCUGAUAGUGAUCAUUAAUGGCCGUUCCACUGACCUUUAACCUGAUAGUGAUCAUUAAUGGCUAUCCACUGACCUUUAACCUGAUAGUGAUCAUUAAUGGCUGGGGUCAUUUUUGUUUGUUUCUGCUGUUCUCCAAAUAGCAUUUUAGUUUUUAAAUUGUGUAGAAUUGCAGUAAAUGAGCUUCCCACACCCCCACUCUGCCAUAUCCUAGGUUUAGCUGAACUGACGCCACUGUUCUAAACAGCCAACAUAGAACAAGUGGCUAUGGAAACUACUGAACAGUACAUGUUGCCAGUUUGACCGUUACUCUCCUCCUCCUCCUCCUCCUCCUCCUCCUCCUCCUCCUCCCAGCGGCGUCUGACCUGGUCCUGAAUGCUCCCCUGGUCCAGCAGUCGGUGUACAUCGAGGACCGCCCCCUCCACAUGUUGUACUGUGCAGCGGAGGAGAACUGUCUGUCUAAGUCUGCCGCUAGCGCUAACUGGCCCUACGGACACCGUCGUCUGCUGCGGUUCUCCUCUCAGAUCCACAACAUCGGACGGGCCGACUUCAGGCCCAAGGCUGGACGCCACUCCUGGGUCUGGCACGCCUGCCAUGGGUAACUAUGGCAACCUAAUAAUCUAGAGCAGUGGUUUCCAACCUGCGGUCCGCUGGGGUAAUGCAGGUGGUCCGCUAAUUACUUUUGAUUAAAAAAAAAAAUAUAUAUAUAUAUAUAUAUAUAUAUAUAUUCCAAACAUAAUAACAGUUGGGAGUAUUUAUGGUAUAAUAAGACAUUUUACAUUAUCUUUACAUUACCUUUAGCAAUACAUUCCUUUUGACAGUACAUUACCUUUAACAUUACCUUUAGCAAUACAUUCAUUUUGACAGUACAUUACCUUUAACAUUACCUUUAGCAAUACAUUCAUUUUGACAGUACAUUACCUUUAACAUUACCUUUAGCAAUACAUUACUUUUGACAGUACAUUACCUUUAACAUUACCUUUAGCAAUACAUUCCUUUUGACAGUACAUUACCUUUAACAUUACCUUUAGCAAUACAUUCAUUUUGACAGUACAUUACCUUUAACAUUACUUUUAGCAAUACAUUCAUUUUGACAGUACAUUACCUUUAACAUUACCUUUACAUUACCUUUAGCAAUACAUUACUUUUGACAGUACAUCACCUUUAACAUUACAUUAUCUUUACAUUACCUUUAGCAAUACAUUACCUUUGACAGUACCCAAGUGGUAAAUAUAAAGAUCCAGUCCAUUAAAAAAAUUGGAGGCCCCUUACACUUCAGUGUUGUGAUGCAAAGAUUCUAUCAAAAUGCAUAGCGCUUUUUACAUGGACAAUACAUUGGAGAUAAUAUAAGACAAGUACUGGAAACAAUAGAACACUAGGAAAUAUCUGGGAAACCAGGCCUGGUAUUCAUAGCUGACUUUGAAAAGGUUUUUGAUAAAGUACUACUGGAGUGUAUAUAUAAAUGCCUGGAAUAUUUCAAUUUUGGAGAAUUUCUUAUGAAAUGGGUUAAAGAAUUAUAAUAACCCUAGGUGUAAAAUAGUACAUAAUGGCUACUUCUCAGAAAUUUUUUAACUGUCAAGAGGAGUAAAACAAGGUUGUCCACUAUCGGCAUAUCUAUUUAUUAUUGGCAAAUGUUAGCUGUUAAAAUCAGAUCCUGUUAAAAUCAGAUCCAACAACAAUAUCAAGGGGUUAGAAAUCCAGGGCUUAAAAACAAAGGUGUCAUUGUACGCUGAUGAUUAAUGUUUUCUUUUAAAUCCACAACUUGAAUCCCUCCACAGCCUCAUAGAGGAUCUAGAUGCAUUUUCUAACCUCUCUGGAUUACAACCAAAUUAUGAUAAAUGUACUAUAUUACGUAUUGGAUCACUAAAAAAUACAAUGUAUACAUUACCAUGUAGUUUACCAAUAAAAUGGUCUGAUGGUGAUGUGGAUAUACUCGGAAUACAUAUCCCGAAAGAAAGAAAUGUUCUCACUCCAAUACAUUUUAAUAGAAAGUUAGCAACAAUAGAUAAGAUCUUGCUACCAUGGAAAGGUAAAUACCUGUCUAUUUGUGGAAAAAUCACCCUGAUUAACUCUUUAGUAUUAUCCCAGUUUACCUAUUUGCUUAUGGUCUUGCCUACGCCUGUUUUUUAUAUUAUAUGAGCAAAACAUAUUCCAUUUUAUUUGGAAUGACAAGCCAAAAAAAUUAAAAGGGCCUAUUUAUAUAAUGAAUAUGAAUUUGGAGGACAGAAAUGAUUAAAUAUUAAAGCAUUAGACCUAUCACUAAAAGCUUCAGUCAUACAAAAGUUAUACUUAAAUCCAAACUGGUUCUCUAGCAAAUUAGUAAGAUUGUCUCACCCAAUGUUCAAGAAUGGCCUUUUUCCCUUUAUUCAGAUUACAACCUCGCACUUUCGGUUAUUUGAAAAUUAAAUAAUCUCCCAAAUAUCGCUAUUUUUAAAACAAGUCAUAGAAAGUUGGUUGAAAUGUCAGUUUAAUCCACCAGAAAAGAACGAACAAAUAAUACAACAAAUAUUGUGGUUAAACUCAAAUAUACUAACUGAUAAAAAAACAUGAUUUUUCUAUAACAAAUAAAAUAAAAGGGAAAAAAGUAUUUGAUCCCACAUUUUACAUUUACAUUUUUACAUUUUAGUCAUUUAGCAGACGCUCUUAUCCAGAGCAACUUACAGUUAGUGAGUGCAUAAAUUUUUUAUACUGGCCCCCUGUGGGAAUCGAACCCAUAACCCUGGCGUUGCAAAUGCCAUGCUCUACCAACUGAGCUACAUCCCUGCCAGCCAUUCCCUCCCCUACCCUGGAUGACGCUGGGCCAAUUGUGCGCCGCCCCAUGGGUCUCCCGGUCGCGGCCGGCUACGACAGAGCCUGGAUUCCCUGCUGAUUUUGUACGGUUGAUGAUCAGUCUAUAAUUUUAAUGGUAGGUUUAUUUGAACAGUGAGAGACAGAAUAACAACAAAAAAAUCCAGAAAAAUGCAUGUCAAAAAUGUUAUAAAUUGAUUUGCAUUUUAAUGAGGGAAGUAAGUAGGAGGAGGUCAGAGACCUGUCCGUGUGGUUCCAGGAUAACAACCUCUCCCUCAACGUGACCAAGACAAAGGAGAUGAUCGUGGACUACAGGAAAUAGAGGACCGAGCACGCCCCCCCAUUAACAUCGACGGGGCUGUAGUGGAACAGGUUGAGAGCUUCAAGUUCCUUGGUGUCCACAUCACCAACAAACUAUUACGGUCCAAACACACCAAGACAGUCGUGAAGAGGGCACGACAAAGCCUAUUCUCCCUCAGGAGACUGAAAAGAUUUGGCAUGGGUCCUCAGAUCCUCAAAAAGUUCUACAGCUGCACCAUCGAGAGCAUCCUGACCGGUUGCAUCACCGCCUGGUAUGGCAACUGCUCGGCCUCCGACCGCAAGGCACUACAGAGGGUAGUGCGUACGGCCCAGUACAUCACUGGGGCCAAGCUUCCUGCCAUCCAGGACCUCUAUACCAGGCUGUCACUGUCAGAGGAAGGCCCUAAAAAUUGUCAAAGAUCCAGCCACCCUAGUCAUAGACUGUUCUCUCUGCUACCGCACGGCAAGUGGUACCGGAGCGCCAAGUCUAGGUCCAAAAGGCUCCUUAACAGCUUCUAUCCCCAAGCCAUAAGACUCCUGAACAGCUAAUCAAAUGGCUACCCAGACUAUUUACAUUGACCCCCCCCUUUUUUUAUACUGCUGCUACUCACUGCUAUGUAUAUAGCCUUGUUAUUGUUUUUUGUGUUUUCUUUAACUUUAGUUUAUUUAGUAAAUAUUUUUACAUAUUUUCUUAACUCUAUUUCUUGAACUGUAUUGUUGGUUAAGGGUUUGUCAGUAAGCAUUUCACGGUAAGGUCUACACCUGUUGUAUUUGGCGCAUGUGGUAAAUACAAUUUGAUUUGAUUAGAUUUGGACUUUUGUCACUCCUGAUGGUUUGUUUUCCUACCUUCGUCUUCCGUUCGAGUUACGUUUCAAAAGCUCAUUCACAUCGUGCUACGUGGUCUGGAAAAUUCUGAGGCAUAUUUGGACAAUGUGUUGGUAUUUAGUACCACCUGGCCAGAACACCUUCAGAAUUUUAGGAGUCUGUUCGAGCGCUUCUUAGCUGCCAACUUGGCAGUUAACCUGUCAACGAGUGAAAUUGCCCAAAUAUCUCUGGAAGGUGGUGGGGUAAGGGAAAGUCCGACCGGUCCUGCUAAAGUGGAGGCCAUCAAUAACCUUCCGGUACCAGCUUCUCGCCAGGAACUGUGCCGAUUCUUGGGAAUGGCUGGCUACUACCAGGCUUUUUUCCAGAACUUUGCCCAGGUUGUUGAGCCACUUACAGAUUUGACCAGUCUGAAAGUCGUUUUGCGUUGGAGCCCCGACUGUCAGGAGGCUUUUGAGAAGACAAAGACCCUUUUGGUGUUAGCUGCUCCGGAUUUCUGUCGUCCAUUUUCUUUGUAUACCGAUGCCAGCGAUGUAGGAGCUGUGCUCUACAGAAAGACGAUAACAACAUUGAGUUCUCCUGUGGGGUACUUUUCAAAGAAAUUGGCCUCAUAUCAGAAACACUACUCGGAUAUCGAGAAGGAGACACUCGCUUUGGUACUGGCUCUUCAGCACUUCAAGGUUUAUUUACUGGGCGCUCAUGGUGGGUGUCUUUUAGGUCCCAGUUGUUGUUGCUAGUCAACUUUCACUGGACCCCCCGAUCACUGUCUUUCAGAACCCCUCCUAGAACUCCACCUGUUCGUUUUGGUUGUUAGUGACUCUUUGUUAGUUCCCCCUUCUGUUUGUGCGACAAUUUUUGGUUUCUUGCUGGGGAACGUAACAUGACUGAUUUCAUGUCAAUGCUAAUAUGGCUAAAAUUAGCUAGCUAGCUAACUAUCAACUGUAACAAUGUGUCUGAGACAGUAAGUGCUCAUAAUGUAUUUAUGUUUUCAAUAAACAUUGGAGAUGAAAUAUAGCUUACAUGUUGUCAACAAUUUAAGCCAGCCGUGUGUUUUUUGCCCCAUAGUUGCGCUCGCAUCAGUUUUGUUGCUAAACAACCAACCCAUCUAUACGAUCGCAGGUUGUAGACAAUGCAGCUUUUAAAGGGAUAGCGGUAUGCUAGCGUACCUGUAGACUUCCAGUCAUUGCGCUAAUGCUAGUUAACAUUGGCUUGUGAAUCUACCUCUGACUUCCUUCAUACUGCACGCGGAGACAUAAAAAUAUUGACAGAAUUUCGCACUAUCCCUUUAAAGUACAUUUACGAUUGAGCUGACAUUCACCAUUUACUGUGAAUGCAAUCUCUGCAAACAUUGCCUUUAAAAGCCACAUUCUCUACAACACACGAUUUGAUUGAAUCCCUGCCCAGGUCAGCACUCCGGACCUUGUAGGCAAUGUUCCCUCUAAUUAUUUUCGGCACUGAACAAAUUUCAGGUCUGCUGAGCGCAAACUUCUGGUGCGCGUUUACUGUGAACACUGUGGCUGUACCCGCUUUAAGUUACAGUUUUAACAGUGGCCAAGUAGGCUACUGUGGCUAUUUGAUCAUAAUGUAGGCCUACCAGAGUGGCCUACCGUCAAAAACAAAGGAGAAAAUGCAUCCCAUAACAUUUUAACAUGGAAAUAGCUGUUCUACCAUUCAGCCUACAGUAGCAGCCAAUGGGUGGUGUUCAGUGUAGCCCUACAUUCCAUGAUAUUUUAUUUUUAUUUUUAUAUGCAGGGCUUGACAUGAACCUGUUUAUUCACUAGUCCUUCAGACAAGGAGGUGACUGAAAAUGUUGUGUUGUUUGAUGCAAGAAACCACUUUACAAAAUAAAAUGCAUUGUUAUUCACAUACCAUUAUUACUGAGAAUCAGACAAAUUAAGCUACCCUCUGCCUAUUGGCUAUUUAGCUUAUUCAAGCCUGUCUCAAAAUACAACACUGCCCCUUUAAGACAAAAACAAAGCUCUUUACCUGACUGGCUUUUCAAAGAUGGCUAGAAAAGUACACGUGUUGUACUCUUGUAGGAAGCAAUCACUCCCCUAUUGUUGACUAUAAAUGAUCUAUAACUGAACUAAUAACUCACUAACUAGCAAAGGAUGUGAACAAAAUGUGCACACGUGGCUACAUGCAGCUCUCGCUCUGAUCUCAAAACAAGCGCAUCUACUCACGACCGCUCAUGCUGUAAACACAGUCCUGUUGAAAGUAAAUGGCACAGAUCCAUAUUUGGCAAUGGUCUAUUUGCAUAUACAGUGGGGAAAAAAAGUAUUUGGUCAGCCACCAAUUGUGCAAGUUCUCCCACUUAAAAAUAUGAGAGAGGCCUGUAAUUUUCAUCAUAGGUACACGUCAACUAUGACAGACAAAAUGAGAAAAAAAAAUCCAGAAAAUCACAUUGUAGGAUUUUUAAUGAAUUUAUUUGCAAAUGAUGGUGGAAAAUAAGUAUUUGGUCAAUAACAAAAGUUUUGUCAAUCCUUUGUUAUAUACCCUUUGUUGGCAAUGACACAGGUCAAACGUUUUCUGUAAGUCUUCACAAGGUUUUCACACACUGUUGCUGGUAUUUUGGCCCAUUCCUCCAUGCAGAUCUCCUCUAGAGCAGUGAUGUUUUGGGGCUGUCGCUGGGCAACACGGACUUUCAACUCCCUCCAAAGAUUUUCUAUGGGGUUGAGAUCUGGACAUUGGCUAGGCCACUCCAGGACCUUGAAAUGCUUCUUACGAAGCCACUCCUUCGUUGCCCGGGAGGUGUGUUUGGGAUCAUUGUCAUGCUGAAAGACCCAGCCACGUUUCAUCUUCAAUGCCCUUGCUGAUGGAAGGAGGUUUUCACUCAAAAUCUCACGAUACAUGGCCCCAUUCAUCCUUUCCUUUACACGGAUCAGUCGUCCUGGUCCCUUUGCAGAAAAACAGCCCCAAAGCAUGAUGUUUCCACCCCCAUGCUUCACAGUAGGUAUGGUGUUCUUUGGAUGCAACUCAGCAUUCUUUGUCCUCCAAACACGACGAGUUGAGUUUUUACCAAAAAGUUUUAUUUUGGUUUCAUCUGACCAUAUGACAUUCUCCCAAUCCUCUUCUGGAUCAUCCAAAUGCACUCUAGCAAACUUCAGACGGGCCUGGACAUGUACUGGCUUAAGCAGGGGGACACCUCUUGCACUGCAGGAUUUGAGUCCCUGGCGGCGUAGUGUGUUACUGAUGGUAGGCUUUGUUACUUUGGUCCCAGCUCUCUGCAGGUCAUUCACAAGGUCCCCCCGUGUGGUUCUGGGAUUUUUGCUCACCGUUCUUGUGAUCAUUUUGACCCCACGGGGUGAGAUCUUGCGUGGAGCCCCAGAUCGAGGGAGAUUAUCAGUGGUCUUGUAUGUCUUCCAUUUCCUAAUAAUUGCUCCCACAGUUGAUUUCUUCAAACCAAGCUGCUUACCUAUUGCAGAUUCAGUCUUCCCAGCCUGGUGCAGGUCUACAAUUUUGUUUCUGGUGUCCUUUGACAGCUCUUUGGUCUUGGCCAUAGUGGAGUUUGGAGUGUGACUGUUUGAGGUUGUGGACAGGUGUCUUUUAUACUGAUAACAAGUUCAAACAGGUGCCAUUAAUACAGGUAACGAGUGGAGGACAGAGGAGCCUCUUAAAGAAGAAGUUACAGGUCUGUGAGAGCCAGAAAUCUUGCUUGUUUGUAGGUGACCAAAUACUUAUUUUCCACCAUCAUUUGCAAAUAAAUUCAUUAAAAAUCCUACAAUGUGAUUUUCUGGAUUUUUUUUUCUCAAUUUGUCUGUCAUAAUUGACUUGUACCUAUGAUGAAAAUUACAGGCCUCUCUCAUCUUUUUAAGUGGGAGAAAUUGCACAAUUGGUGGCUGACUAAAUACUUUUUUUCCCCACUGUAGGCCUACUGCAGCUCUAAUUGGUUAUACUGCACAGGUCUUUGUAGAGUACGGGCUGAGUCGUGCCUGUCAAUGCGUGGUCCUCUGUAGCUCAGCUGGUAGAGCACGGCGCUUGUAACGCAAAGGUAGUGGGUUCGAUCCCCGGGACCACCCAUACACAAAAAUGUAUGCACGCAUGACUGUAAGUCGCUUUGGAUAAAAGCGUCUGCUAAAUGGCAUAUUAAAUUAUUAAAAUGCAAUAGAAUCCUACUCCGAUGCGUUCUGCCUACAACAAAAUCUCUUGCAUAGUUAGUUUUUAUUUCGGUAUGUUGCAUUGAAAGUGGUUAAUAUGGCGUUGAUUCGAUCACAGUUGCCACAGUAAAGGGAAACGUUGAUAAUGUUAACAGGGGAAACUCUAGAACAGUGGUCACCAACCUUUUCUGAGUCAAGAUUCACUUUGAGUCAAAAUGCAAGCCGAGAUCUACCUCUCAGAUUGACUUAAAAAACGUAAGUCUAUGCAACAUUAACUAAUUAACAACAGUUCUGUAGCGAUGAGGUUUGUGCAGUAGGCUAUAGGGCCCAGUACAUUAUCACUACAUAUUGGCUUUGCUUGAAUUGUCCUGCCAAUGAAUGCAUUGUUGUUUGGGCCAUUUUGAGGCUAUAUGAUCACAUCGGUAAUAGAUCCGUUGUUGUAUUACUUGUGAGGCACAGCUGAGUGAGCAUACAUUUAAAUAAUUAGCUUGUUAUUUUACAAUUGUUAGAAAUUGCGUAAUUCAAAUCUGGUAUUGGAAUAAGAAUCAAGAGAUCUUCAAUCCAAGCUUAAUUUAUUAUAUGCAAAAUGUAUGUAUGAUAAGUAUGAAGGUUCGUAUAUACGGGUCCGCUGAGAUACCACGCAGGGCACUCAGAGAACUGAUCCAUUGUUCUAAGUUCUUCUUCAAAUACUCUGACAGAUAGUUCCCACCUCUUCUGUUGGCCAAUCAGAGUAAAGGACUGAGUGUGGUUUAGACUUUACUCAGCCAAUCCGUUGGUGCACGGGUUAGUCCCACCCCUCGGCACUCCAUUUGUUGCACACUGUUGCCAGGCAUAAGUUGCUAUCAUAAUAACCUGCACCCAAAAGACACCAUUCCACUGUACUCCAUGUACCCACGUUCAAGGACGGUUUCACAGACAACAAAGAGAGAGUGUUCGUAUCUGUGAGAAAUACAAGUCUUAUCUCAUCCUAGCCCCAAACGUUCCCCACAUGAAUCACAGCCUGUUAUGUGAAACAAUUUAUAUCAGUACAGUUCAAACUAAUGCAUUCCUUCUAAGCUAUUCAUCACAUACAGAUCCAAUUAUGAGAAAAAUAGAACCCAACACUGGGCUGAUGGUGCCUGGGCUGAUGGUGCCUGGGCUGAUGGUGCCUGCAUCUGAUGGUCAGUCUCAGCGGAGGGAGAGAGCAGCAGACUGAGGGUCCGCCUCUCACCAUCCCUCCUCUCUCCCUUUCCUCCACUGCCUCUCACCAUCCCUCCUCUCUCCCUUUCCUCCACUGCCUCUCAACAUCCCUCCUCUCUCCCUUUCCUCCACUGACACUGACCAAAAAGGGACACCGUCCUCCAGCUGAUGGCAAAACUCGAGUCGCACCACAUUAUUUCUGCCUCGUGCACAAAUUCAUGUUGUUACUUCUAUGAACAGAGAAAGUGAAAUAUUCCUCGAUAUUAAAAAAGACCCGCUAAUAAUAACAACACAAGCAAAUGGAAAGUGGAAAUAGGAAGAACGCGCAUUUUAUGGCUUAUAAAAGUGUUGAAUACAAAGUGUUGACAGUGCUGAGUAAGGACUUAAAUAUGAACUCAUUCAUAAAAACAACAUCUCUUUGCUGUAUUCGUUGACAGUCUCUCUCUAGUCACGGUUUUAAACGUUUUUAAAUCUCACAGUAUCAACUUCGCUGUAGCUUUAUUUUACGCCUGCUACGUUACUGCGGACACGGUCAUCUGAGCCAUCCGACUGGCCAGCGGUGGACUUACAGUGCGCUUGAUUUGCUCUCUGGGCCCGUCGGGAAGGCAGAGUUUGUACCUUCAGACACAUGAAAUGGUUCAAAAUAGCAACAGUUCUCCUACCCGGCGCGCAGGGCAGCUGAAUCGGGUGCACCUAGCGCCAACAGCCUGAGACUAAUAAAUACAAAUAGGAACACAAGGCUUUAUCGUUGGGUUUUUUACAGAAACGUUUGGCGAUGGACUAGGAAUGCCUUGGAGAUGGACCGGUUGGUUGGUGACCACUGGUCUAGAAAGUUGGGUGAAGCUCAAUCUCGUGCUUCUCUCUGUGGGCUGGUAUUUCUGGUGCUUCUCUCUGUGGGCUGAUAUUUCUGGUGCUUCUCUCUGUGGGCUGAUAUUUCUGAGCGACAGUCUCGGGGCUACUACGUAUGCACGCACGCACGCAGCUUAGAGAGAACAUUGCUGGUAGGGUAAGAUUUGAAUACCCCUGGCCUAUACUCUCAGAUCUGAGGUUCAACUGUUUUCUUUUCCCUACGCAGCCACUACCACAGCAUGGAUAUCUUCACCCACUAUGACCUGCUGUCGUCCAACGGGACCAAGGUGGCUGAGGGACACAAGGCUUCCUUCUGUCUGGAGGACACAGAGUGUCACGAAGGUGAGUCUGGGAGGCAAACUAAUCAGAACAGAAUCUACUGGAGGUCCAGCCAAUCAGAGUAGACUAUUGGAGGUCCAGCCAAUCAAAACAGCCUUAACAGGAGGGCCAGCCAAUCAAAACAUACUCUACUAGAGGGCCAGCCAAUCAAACAUAGUCUUUAUUUGGGUGUUAAGAUCAGGGAUAUCUUAUCCAACAUUCAAGGUGGAACAUUCUGUAUCUGGUUUUGGAGGAUGUGUAAUUAUUGGUGUUAGAAGUCCAGUUGGUGUAAUUUGUGUUCUCCAGGUAUCUCUAAGAGGUAUGAGUGUAUCUGUGUUCUCCAGGUAUCUCUAAGAGGUAUGAGUGUAUCUGUGUUUUCCAGGUAUCUCUAAGAGGUAUGAGUGUAUCUGUGUUUUCCAGGUAUCUCUAAGAGGUAUGAGUGUAUCUGUGUGUUUCCAGGUAUCUCUAAGAGGUAUGAGUGUAUCUGUGUUCUCCAGGUAUCUCUAAUAGGUAUGAGUGUAUCUGUGUGUUCUCCAGGUAUCUCUAAUAGGUAUGAGUGUAUCUGUGUUCUCCAGGUAUCUCUAAGAGGUAUGAGUGUAUCUGUGUUUUCCAGGUAUCUCUAAGAGGUAUGAGUGUAUCUGUGUUUUCCAGGUAUCUCUAAGAGGUAUGAGUGUAUCUGUGUUUUCCAGGUAUCUCUAAGAGGUAUGAGUGUAUCUGUGUGUUUCCAGGUAUCUCUAAGAGGUAUGAGUGUAUCUGUGUUCUCCAGGUAUCUCUAAUAGGUAUGAGUGUAUCUGUGUGUUCUCCAGGUAUCUCUAAUAGGUAUGAGUGUAUCUGUGUUCUCCAGGUAUCUCUAAGAGGUAUGAGUGUAUCUGUGUUCUCCAGGUAUCUCUAAGAGGUAUGAGUGUAUCUGUGUUCUCCAGGUAUCUCUAAGAGGUAUGAGUGUAUCUGUGUUCUCCAGGUAUCUCUAAGAGGUAUGAGUGUAUCUGUGUUUUCCAGGUAUCUCUAAGAGGUAUGAGUGUAUCUGUGUUCUCCAGGUAUCUCUAAGAGGUAUGAGUGUAUCUGUGUUCUCCAGGUAUCUCUAAGAGGUAUGAGUGUAUCUGUGUUCUCCAGGUAUCUCUAAGAGGUAUGAGUGUAUCUGUGUUCUCCAGGUAUCUCUAAGAGGUAUGAGUGUAUCUGUGUUCUCCAGGUAUCUCUAAGAGGUAUGAGUGUAUCUGUGUUUUCCAGGUAUCUCUAAGAGGUAUGAGUGUAUCUGUGUUCUCCAGGUAUCUCUAAGAGGUAUGAGUGUAUCUGUGUUCUCCAGGUAUCUCUAAGAGGUAUGAGUGUGCUAACUUUGGAGAGCAGGGCAUCACCGUGGGGUGUUGGGACCUGUAUCGCCAUGACAUCGACUGCCAGUGGAUCGACAUCACCGACAUCAAACCAGGAAACUACAUCUUACAGGUGAACAACCUUGUCUUCUGUUGCUGUUAAAACAUCCUAGGGAGGCCCUGAAUCAGACUAAACUUCCAAAACAUGAAACUGCGUGAGGUUAUAAAUAUUGCAAACUACACAUUUGAGUGUGCUGCCAAUAUUCUGUCCGCAUUUAAUUGGACCCUUUGAAAACUCACUGAGUCCCUGGAGGGAGCGCAAGACUAAGUGCAGACUACGGAGUGACAGAAUUACAGGAACGUGAUGAUGUGAACUCCAUAUUAUUUACUUAUUCUGUUUGAUGUUCCAUCAUUUCAGAUUGUGAUCAAUCCAAACUUUGAAGUGGCAGAGAGCGACUUCACCAACAACGCCAUGAAAUGCAACUGCAAAUACGACGGCCACCGGAUUUGGCUUCACAACUGCCAUAUGGGUGAGCAGCUGCACCUCUAGAUUUGUCAUUUGAAAGAUAGUCCAUGGAAAACUGACCUAGAGUGGGUGUUAAAGGGCAGCCUGUUUCCUAUAUAGUGCACUACGUUUUGUCUAGUGCUAUAGGGUGCCAUUUCAGGCAUAUCUCUAGUUCAAUGUUUCCCAAACCUCCCCCCCCCCAGCCAGACCUCUCCUCCAGUACCCCCCAGCCAGUCCAGACCUCUCCUCCAGUACCCCCCAGCCAGUCCAAACCUCUCCUCCAGUACCCCCCAGCCAGUCCAGACCUCUCCUCCAGUAACCCCAGCCAGUCCUCUCCUCCAGUACCCCCCAGCCUGUCCAAACCUCUCCUCCAGUACCCCCCAGCCAGACCUCUCCUCCAAUACCCCCCAGCCAGUCCAGUCCUCUCCUCCAAUACCCCCCAGCCAGUCCAGUCCUCUCCUCCAGUACCCCCCAGCCAGUCCAGUCCUCUCCUCCAGUACCCCCAGCCAGUCCCAGUCCUCUCCUCCAGUACCCCCAGCCAGUCCAGUCCUCUCCUCCAGUACCCCCCAGCCAGUCCAGUCCUCUCCUCCAGUACCCCAGCCAGUCCAGUCCUCUCCUCCAGUACCCCAGCCAGACCUCUCCUCCAGUACCCCCCAGCCAGUCCUCUCCUCCAGUACCCCCAGCCAGUCCAGACCUCUCCUCCAGGACCCCCCACCAGCCAGACCUCUCCUCCAGGACCCCCCCAGCCAGCUCCUCCAGUACCCCCCAGCCAGUCCAAACCUCUCCUCCAGGUCCCCCCAGCCAGUCCACUUAUUUAAUCUAUUCCAGAACUAGCACCGCUGAUUCAAAUGGUCACCGAAUCAUCAAGCCCCUCAUUAGUUAAAUCAGCUAGUUCCACAUACGUGGACUGGCUGGGGGGAACUCGAGAGGUUUGGGAAACAAUGCCCUAGUUUGUUCCAGACUCUUCCAUUGGUUUCUGUCUCUGACUGUUGUGUUCUGUUGUGUCAUUGCCCCUACAGGUGAUGCCUUCAGUGAGGAGGCAGAGAGGAGGUUUGAGAAAUACCCAGGGCAGUUCAACAAUCAGAUCUCAUCAUCCGCCUAG